AUGGGGACCAGCGUGGCGGAGGCCGCUGUGGCCCUGAGGGCAGACCUGGCCCUGCUGGACGCCAGCACCAAGGAGGCGGCCUCGCUGCUGGACCUGGCCAGCUGGCAGCUCGGGGAGCUGGGCCGCCAGGCGGCGCCCAUGACGAGCAAGACGCUGGCACUGGCGCGUGCCAAGGAAAACAUCUUCGCCGCCAAGCAGCGCAGCGAGGAGGCGAGGUACAGCACCUCUCAACCCCAGAAGCCGUUUGACCUGUGGGCUGCUGUGCUUCCUGAGGUGCAGGUUCUGGAGCACCUGGAUGCAAGCCGCAAGAUGCAAGGCGUGAUCCAGGCGGGGCCUCGGGCACACCUGGAGGGCUUCCUGGCUGCCCUGGACCGCCUGGAGGCCGCCAUCGCCUUCCUGCAGGCCCACCGCAGCAUGGCGGCGGCGGAUGACGCCCUGGCCCACACAGUCGCCCUGCGCGACGGCGCGCUGGCGGCCUGCAGCCGCGAGUUCUCGGCGCUGCUGCAGAAGCACCAGAGCGUGCCGCCUGCGCUGCUGGCGCGCCUGCGGGCUGGCGCGGCCGCCGAGGGCGGCGGCGGCCGCAGAGCGGCGCAGGCGGCGCAGGCGGCGACGCCCGACCCCUCACCUGCGCCGGGCGCCGCCCUGGGCCUGCUGCCGGAGCCGGUGCUGGGCAAGCUCAAGGCGCUGGCGGGGGCGAUGCUGCGCGGCAGCAGCCGUGCCGCCAUCAAGGCGUAUGCCGACUCGCGGCGGGGCGUGCUGCAGGGCGGCAUGGAGGGCUUCCUGGCUCCCUUUGGCGGCAGCAGGGAGGAGCUGUCGCGGCUGAGCUGGCAGCAGAUGGAGGGGAGGAUCCCGGGGUGGGUGGCGGCGCUGCGCCUGUAUGUGCGCCUGGCGCAGGAGGAGGCGCGCCUGUGUGCCGCAGUCUUCCCGCCCUCCGAGCAGGCGGCGGUGCUGUCGCAGGUGGCCGCCGGCGGCGCCGCCUCGCUGCUGGAAGCUGCCGACGUGGUGCUGGCGGCGCGGCGCGUGCCCGAGAAGCUGUUUGGGGUGCUGGACAUGCACGACGCGGCAGAGGGGUGCCUGCCGCCGCUGCGGGCGGCGCUGGCGGCGGGCGCCUCGCGCCUCGACCGUGCCUCGGCGGCGGCGGGGGCCGAGCCGCCGCCGGUGGUGGGACAGCUGGGCCAGCUGCGGGCGCGGCUGGGCGCCGAGGUGCGCGCCUGCUUUGCGGAGCUGCAGGAGAGCGUGGCUCGCGACGCUGCGCGCGGCGUGCCCGCCGACGGCACCGUGCACCCGCUGUGCGCCAGCGCCGUCUCCCUGCUGCGCCGCAUCCUGGCCUACCAGUCGGCGCUGCCGGUGCUGUUUGGGGACGCGGCCGGCCCGGCGCCGCAUGCAGGCGCCGCCGGCCUGGCGGUGGAGGCGCGGCUGCUGGAGAGGAUGGGCGCGGCGGCGGCGCACCUCUUUGACACGCUCCUGGCAGCGCUGGAGGCCAAGGCAAGGCUGACCUUCAAGAGCCGCGCCCUGGCAGCCCUGUUCCAAAUGAACAACCUGGCGCACGUCGUGCACGCCUGCGAGACCAGCCGGGAGCUCAAGGCGGUGGGGGAGGGCUGGGCGGAGCAGCACAAGCCCAAGAUCGAGGAGUGCCAGCAGCAGUACGUGGAGCUGGCUUGGGGAGGCCUGCUGUCGCUGCUGCGCCAGGACGCGCGGCAGGGGGUGCCCGGGGGGCUGGCGGGGGACAAGGCGGCGCGGCAGGCGGUCAAGGACAAGUGGAGCGCGGUGAACAAGAUGCUGGCCGAGGCGCAGGGGCAGCAGAGCUGGGCGGUGCCCGACGCCGCGCUGCGCUUUGCGCUCAAGGAUGCGCUGUCUGACAGGCUGCUGCCGCUGUACGAGGCCUUCUGGUCCAAGUACAGGCAGGCGCCAUACACGGACAACCACUCCAAGUACGAGCGCCACAGCCCGGCCGAUGUGGCCAGCCUGGUGAACGAGCUGUUUGAGAGGGCAGAGGCAGGAGCGCCUGGUAUGCUGGGCCGCUCCCCCAGCCGGAGCCCGGCCAGUGCCGGCGGCACGGGCGGCGGCGGCACCCUCACGCGCAAGCUGUCCGGGACGAUGCGGCGGAUGACCAGCAGCAGCCAGGGCACCCCGUGA